AUGGAAUGGACAUACUUAGUAGUCUCCAUAUGGAUACGAGUGGGCGUGGCAUUUGUGCAUGGAAUGGACAUAAUCUACAUAUGGAUACGAGUGGGCGUGGCAUUUGUGCAUGGAAUGGACAUAAUCUACAUAUGGAUACGAAGUGGGCGUGGCAUUUGUGCAUGGAAUGGACAUAAUCUACAUAUGGAUACGAGUAGGCGUGGUAUUUGUGCAUGGAAUAGACAUAGUCUAUAUAUGGAUACGAGUGGGCGUGGCAUUUGUGCAUGGAAUGGACAUAAUUUACAUAUGGAUACGAGUGGGCGUGGCAUUUGUGCAUGGAAUGGACAUAAUCUACAUAUGGAUACGAGUGGGCGUGGCAUUUGUGCAUGGAAUGGACAUAAUCUACAUAUGGAUACGAGUGGGCGUGGCAUUUGUGCAUGGAAUGGACAUAAUCUACAUAUGGGUACGAGUGGGCGUGGCAUUUGUGCAUGGAAUGGACAUAAUCUACAUAUGGAUACGAGUGGGCGUGGCAUUUGUGCAUGGAAUGGACAUAAUCUACAUAUGGGUACGAGUGGGCGUGGCAUUUGUGCAUGGAAUGGACAUAAUCUACAUAUGGAAUGCGGUGAUUUCAUGAAAAGUGAGAAAGUAUGUACGCCACCACAGACGGUAUGUGAGCGUGAGGGCGUCCUCCCACAUUCCCACAAUGCAAAUAAUUUCAGCAAUGGCGGCUUCCAUGACCUCUGUUUACUUGUUUGUAAAAUCCGCAAAUUAUUAAUAACAUACAACGUGUUGGCUAAAAUUAUGGAAUUAGUGUUUGCAAGUGAAUGGCCAAAAGGUGACCCCAAUGCGUGGACCAGGAAGUGGACGAUUGAUCCUGCUUGUUCAUGGUCUUGUCGUAAUAUAAUAGCCUUCUCAGGGGCCAGUGGAUGUAAGCUGAGCUGUGUGAAUGAUGGUGAAUCACAGGGAGGCAAAAUUCAUAUUGUAGAUCCAGACAGACCAUGGGAAGUACAUAGUUUCAGUACUGGCCAUACGGAUAUCAUCCGAUGUAUUAAAUGGGAUGUAUCGGGCAGCAGAAUUGUAUCUUCAGACAGCAGUGGUACAUGUAAAUUAUGGAUAAUGAAUAAUUAUUUAAUAAAUGAUUGGAAAUGUGGCGGUGAGAGUAAAGUUGAAGGAGAGACAAUCAUAGCACUAUCAUGGCUGCAUAUUGGCUAUAAGAUAAACUACAAUGUGGAGAGAACAGAUUCUCCCAAUGUAAUGGAGAAGUUUUCCAGAGUCAAGUUUUUACCGUCUGUUUUACAAUAUGGUGGUAAAUCCAUUGAAGGCUGGAUAGUCAUAACUAUGUCAGGAGUGGAAUUUUCGCAAUUUAAUGAUCAUCAUAAUUGCGUACAAUUAGAUCUGGGCAAGCUAUUGAUAGCUGGUCACAUCCUAGUUUGUGUAUCCAAUGGUAGCUGUAGAUGUCCAGUACAAGUCUAUAAACUUACAGUAAAACUUAACAAAGAUAAGUGUUCCAUUGAUUCCGAGGCACUGCCAAGUUUGUUCAUGCAGUGUAGUACUGAUCCAAACCAACUAGAAAAAUGGCCGCAUGGUGCAUGCAUAGAAAGCUGGCAUUUGAAACGAGAAUCACUUAAUGUACAUAAAAUAUUUCAAGCUAGUUCACCACCACGAACAAGAGAUCAGAUGCCAUCAAUAUUGAAAUGGAAUUUCAUGGCAAAUUAUGACUCUGAUACCUGUAAUGUGAUGGCGCUGUCACUGCCAAAAUUACCACUGAAUCUGUCACACAAGUCCAUAUACAGUGGUCCAGGAAUGGCAUUCUCUGCGGCAUUUCAAGAUGGAACUAUCAAACUUAUUCACAGAGUCUCAUUAAAGCCUUUUGCUGUAUUUAAAUAUGAAGGUGUGAGGCCAGACACAGCUCCACAAGCAGCCAUGAGUAACAGUUUGUUUGAUUUUGGGUUUAGUCAAACUAAAAAAUCUAAAGGGAGUGAUGACCAUGAAACAGAAGAAGUUCCGUCUAAAAAACAGAAGUACAAUGUGACAUCAAGUCAUAGUGAACCAGAGAAACUCGCGAACUUGACGAAGGACAAGAAAUAUGAUCGUGAGAAACGUGUUCGGACUUUCAAGUCACAUUGGACAACUGAAUUUCCUUGGAACCAAUUAUUUGUUAUGUCUGAAGGACCAGAUUUAGCUGAUUAUAAUCCUGACCCAGCAAUUGUUGAAUGGUUGUUAUCUUCAUCAACUUCAAGGCAUAUAUCAGGACAUAAGUUACCUCAACCUAAAACUGAUGAACAUGCUCCAUUACCUGAGAUUGUAUCAGAAAAAGUCUCAUUAAAGCCUUUUGCUGUAUUUAAAUAUGAAGGUGUGAGGCCAGACACAGCUCCACAAGCCAAAAGACAAAAAAAUACAAACAAUGGUAAACAACUCUUCUGUAUUGAGAUGUCAGUCACAUGUUGCAGUUUGAUCGGCGUUGAUAAAAGUGGAUCACUCUGUCUAAUUAAAAUUGCGCCAACACUAGGACAGUCGGUGGAUCAAGGUGCUGCUAGAGCUCAUACUAUAGCGCAGGUUGUUAAUUUAAUUGAGUACUGUAUGGUGACUGGGUAUGAUUGGUGGGAUCUGCUUCUCACUAUCACUCCAGGUAUGGUUGACACUGUGAUAGAUCGUCUCAGUGAAGCAUUUAAUAGACAGCCUAAACCAUUGCAAGAAUUGCUGUUUACGAGACUUACAGCAGUUAAAGCCACUCUUUAUAGGUUAAAUCCAGGAACUACGGGUAAAUUAGCCGAUUGUCAUGCUAAGUUACUACUGAAUGGUAUUGCUGUAUCUUUUAAAUCGUUGCUGAGACCAACCAAUCUAUCAAGUCAAGACAAAGGACUGGCAGAUAAACUGUCAGCUGUGUGUUCAAGAAUUCUUGAGACUGACCUUGAUAAGGUCAUGAUGAAUUUAGACACCAAAGAAUUUGUAAUUGAACCUGCCACUGUACAGUCUUUGCAGCAACUUAUCCAGUGGGUGGCUGAUUUUGCACUGUUUCUUUUAAGUUCAGUACCGUUACAACAACCUCAUUGCAAUAGGCCAGGGGUUAGUAUGUUACGUGACCCUGGAAUUCUGUGCUGUCUUCGAGAGAUGCUGGUUAUUAUUCGUGUUUGGGGACUUAUAAACACUACUUGUCAACCAAUAUUCACAUCAACAUCAGAUAAUGUUGAUGGUCUUUCAACUUUAUUUAAACUAUUAACACAAGUAUGGUUGUGUUGUAAAGAUGAUACCUAUGCUGAGUUUGAUGAUUCAUUGAUAGAUGAAUGUAUUUUGCUACCAAGUCAGUUGCUUGUACCAACUAUGGAGUCUCUUCCUGUAGUUGAAGGUAUAACAGGCAGAUCAUUUAUUAAACAAGCAAUGAGUUUCCAUUUUGAGAGCACCACAGUGCAUGUGUCUCAUGUGACAAGUUUCAAUCCGAGCGCUACACCAGGCACCGAACUGUCUACUAGAUACAUGUCAGAUAAUCAUAGUCAGAAACAUGAUGUUGUGAGACGUAUAUAUCUUGGAGUGGCUCCCCAUGAUGAAUUGAAACAAUGUACAAGAUGUUCGUGCAUUUCGCUGGUCAAAUCUAAUGCUAAAACUGGUGCUUUGAAAGCGUGGGAUGCAAGAUGGAUAAAAUCAUGCGUAUGUGGCGGCCAGUGGAGAAGAGUUACAGCAUCAACACGAUGAUACUACUCCAACAACUGCUGAUUAGCUCUUAUCACAAACUGCAACUAGAACUAUGGUAUAUGGUAUAUGGUAUAUGGUAAUACAGGAUUGACAAUGGUGUCAAUACAUACAUAUCCACCUGAAGAGAAUAAACUGAAGGGGAACAGUGAAUUAUUGAGCUGCGAUAUGUAAAAUGCAAUUUCAUUAAGUUCAUAAACUGUCAAAUUUUGACAGGACUCUAACAAUACUGUAUUGUACAAUUUGAAGACUUGUUUCUGUGUUGUAUUUGUCAGUAACUGUUCAGUCAUCAACACCUUGAUUUCAAAUGGUCCAUUCCUGAACUGAGCUUUCAGGAUUAUUCAAAAUGAAUUGGAAAAAAAUGGCAUCAGCAAAUUAAGUGAAAUAUACCAAUAAUACCAUACGCAUUGUUCAAUUUGAGUAGUCACCCUUGGGAAUAAUAGUGAAUAUGUCAAAAUAUAAAAUGAAAUCUUGUUAUCAUUUUUGGGGGGAAAUUUGCUUAUUUGGCUUCCAACAAGAUAUCAAAGGAAUACCUUGAAUUACGGUAAAUUGAAACCUAAGGCUGCUGUAACUUUAAUAGUCAUUUCAUUAAAACUGCCAUGUACCAAACGUUCUUCUUGGAUCCAUUUUAAAAAGUUCAUUCCAAAUGACCUUUGAAUGUACAAUCAUGUAUUUCAAAAACAUGAUUUUUAUUUUUAAUCCAUUUAUAUGCUGAGAAAUUAAAUUUGACAUUAUGUUGUGUCUUUCAUAUUAGAAUGUUGUAUAGUUUUCCGUCAUCGUGGCUUGACUGUUUAUAAUAAUCUAUUAUGUCUUUGAAUUCUUCCCACGUAAGUCAGAUUUCAUAAAUUGUAAAUAUUUGUGAUUGUACAUCAUUGACAUGACUCCCUUAACAAGUACUUGAGGCUAUUUUUUGCAUAGGGUUCACAAGUUUCAGCGAGUAUCAGUACUACACUGGAGUCAACAAGGCCAUGUACCAUGAUGCUGUGCUUUAUAAACUGUACUUCAUAAAGACACGCAUGUUUCUGUUAGAGCAGGCAUGACAUGGAUUAUCGAAUGACAUAUUCAGCUGUGGCUGUGGCUUUAUAAAGAUUGAUAAAUAAAUGUUUGGGUUUAUACAUUUAUAUGGGAAGCAAAAAUGAAGUUCCAGACAUAGUUGAUUGUAGUUGUUGGAUUUUUAUUUAUAACUUUAUAAUAAAAGUAUAUAUAUGUAUAAACAAAA